CUACCCAGCGGGCUCCGAUCUUACCAGCAAAGUGGGCACAUGCAACUGCCUUAGGGAACUGGGACCAGCUGAGGAAUUGUACAAUUCAGUAGUUUAAAGUGGGGCUGGGCUAGGCUGGCGUUUUGGUACCAUCAUGCCUCUGAGGAAAAAAGUGCGGCCAAGUUCUGCUUCAGGGAAGUUAGAAACAUCCACGCUCAACAGCAUUCUGAAUGAGCUGCGGGAGUCGACAGCUACAGCAGACCCUUUGUUCCGACGGGCUCAGACUUCAUUAGGAGGCUUCCGGCUGCAAGCGGCAUCUCCCGUUUCCACCAGCAGCUUCGCAGAAGCUCGGGAGGAGACACCCCAGCUUCCGGAAUGGCUGCUGAAGGAGCUGCUGAAAGGGCAGCAAAGGAGUCACUCCAUUGGACUCAUGGAAAACAUAUCGGAGAGCGAAAGUGUUCAUUACCAUGUUGACCCUUCUAGAAGUCAAUGGAAAGGAAAGAUUGAGCAGCAGGUAACUCUUGAACAGCUUCAGAAGCUACAUGCAGCCUUUCAGGAGUUAGAAAUUAAUGGGCAUAAAUCUCUGGAUGUGGAAAACUUCAAAUGCACCUUAAAGAAAUGCAUGGGAUCACAUAAUGUAAGUGAUGAACAAAUAGAAAAGCUUUUCAUGAAAAUAGACUAUUCUGCAACUGGCAGGAUUCAGUGGCAUGACUUCUGCACAUACAUGCAGCUGGAAUGUGCUGAGCAGGAUGGGGCAUCUGCCCGAUUGAAAGAGGUGGCCUUUUCUCUUCCUGCUACGAUCCAAGAGAUUCCACACGGAGAGCCCGUGCUACGCGUUUGUUCACUGUCUGAUAGCACAUUAAUUACAGCCCGAGAAGAUGGAAAUAUUUCCUUCUGGUCACCGCAGCUCAAGCUGAAACGAAGCAAGAUGGUGUUUGAGAAAACUCACAGAAGAUCUAAGUGGUUGAUGGAUUUCACUGUCAUGACACCAUACAAUAAAUUAAUACUGGGAACUGGGGAUCGUGAACUUCAGCUCUAUGAGAGCUCCAACUUUGAACCCUACCUUCAGAUUAGUGGUUUGGAAGCUGUACCUUUGAACUUGGAUUACUGCUACACAAAUCAGGAUGAAUGUAUGAUCCUUUAUGGUGAUGACCAGGGAUGUGUCAAUAUCUUGCUCUUAUGCUCAGUGGGUGAGCUCCUAAGAACAUGGAAGAAGCUCCCCAAAUUGGAAAACCUUCCUAAUAUUGGCCUUGAGGAUGCUGCUCUUUCGCCAAAUGUUACUUACAUUCGUUGGAAAGUUCAUGAAGAUUGGAUUACUCAGUUGAAUUACUAUGAUUCUAUUAAAGCAGUCAUUUCCGCUUCAAGUCAUGAACCUACGGCCUUAGUAAUAGGUUGUGUUGUAGGAGCUACCAACGUUGAGCAACAGAUGAAAGAAAUAAAAGGACCCAGAAAAGAUUCGAAGACAAGGAAACUGCAGGCUAUCCUCGGAGCUCCCUCCCAUAGAGCCAAGGGAGACCAGAUUGUUUUUCGAGUCCACAAAGGAGUAAAGACAUUUGCACUCAAUAAAAAGAACAACCUCAUUGUAACUGGCGGGAUGGAUCGAAUCAUCCGGAUGUGGAAUCCAUAUAUGCCUGGAAAACCAACAGGCAUGCUAAGAAGUCACAUGGCUCCGAUCUUCUAUGUCUACAUAUCUGAAGAAGAUAAAAUAUUUUCCAUGUCAACCGACAACACAGUUAAGAUAUGGGAUAUUGAAGACCAGACAUGCUUAUUCACAGCUUGCUCAAAAGUCAGCAGAAUUAAAGGAGAGAUUAGUGCUUGCCACUACGUAUCAGGCACCAGAUCACUCUGUGUUGCUACGGAUACACUGGCUGUUCUCCAUCUAAGAUUACGAUCAGCUCCAGAUCCUUACUUGGUGACGUCUCAUAAGAAACCAGUUUUGUGUUGCAAAUUCAACAAAGUGUUCAGGCACGUUGUGAGCUGCUCUGAAGGUUCUGUGGUGAAGGUGUGGGAUUUUGACAGCGGAAAGCACUUGUUUGAAUUUGUUGAUGCUCAUGGCAGUUCUGCAAUCACUUGCCUCACCUUUGAUACUAGCGGAAGAAGACUUGUUACCGGAGGAAGAGACGGCUGUUUGAAAAUAUGGAAUUACAAUAACGGGCAUUGCUUGCACACUUUGAAAAGGGAAGACAAAUGGGACGAAGUAUGUGACUGCACCUAUGUGGAGGUCAACAGAAACAAGUAUAUCAUAGGUGUUGGAUGGGACAGAAGGAUAAACAUGUUUUAUGAUUCCACAGACAACUUCCAUCACUUUCAGAAACCUCAAGCCCACUGGCUGGAUGAUAUAAACCGGGGACACAAGGAAGAUAUUCUUUGCAUUGCUCAAUGUCCACCAACUCUCCUUGCCACCUCAAGUUACGAUGGUGAAAUUAUUGUUUGGAAUAUGAACUCUGGUCACAUAUGCCAUAAAUUCCACACUCCUCUUGCCAUUGCCUCUGCUGAUACCAAAACUGUAGAUGCAAGCGUUACUCGACUAAUCUUUCUAAAGACUCGUGGGGUGAAAUUUGAAUCAGCCACAGCCUCUCUGGUUUCUAAUGGACCUCAAGGUUAUCUGCAUUUCUGGAGCCUGUUCACUGAAGAUCCUCUUAUAGCAAGUUUUACACCUUCUAGAGGGAAAUCUCUGAUCAGCAGCAUUGCUGUAACUGCAGAUGACUCGUAUCUGUAUGCAGCAGAUGAAGAUGGGUAUGUGUACAUACACAACAUCAAAGAUUAUGCUCUCCAGGAUCCAGAACAAGAUGCACCAAAAUAUGUGAAUCACUGGAGAGCUCAUCUAAAUCUAGUUCUAUCAUUAGAGAUUAUAGAUGAAGAUAACAUCCUGUUAUCCUGUUCCGUUGAUCGAACUGUUCGUUUGUGGAGCCUUGAUGGAAAAUACAUCGGAACCUUUGGCCAAACAGAGCCUUGGGAAAUUUUUACUCCAUCCUCCUGGAAACAUCCCAUGGUUCCUUAUGAAAUUCUGAUAGAUCCACAAAGUAUGCCCAUUCACCCUGUGCUGAAAGACAAGUCCUCUGACUCACAAAUCACAGAUCCAGAUAAUGCCACUGAGGAUGCUUCCACACCUAAGGAAACAAGCUAUAAUCCUCAGCCCUCCCAAGUUACUGUUACUGAUGAAGAUAUUAAAGAAGAAAUUAACAAGAGGUUUUAUGCACAAGGUUCAAGCAGGAGGCUGAAGCACGAACGAUCCAAGCUUUUAAACAGAUGGGUUAACCAUGGGGGACCAAACACUUACCACACAAUAAACUAUUAUGAAAUUGACAGUUUCCCUGGCAACUGUGAGAAGCCCGAUUUGUCCAUUCUUGGUACAGACAUUUUCAGUGCUCAUUAUCAAGGAACAGUUGAGCAGUGAGGCCCGGAGACCAUCAUUCGCCACAUCACUGGAACAAGGCCUGUGCUAAGGUCCUGGGCAAGAUCUACACGACGGCUUUAUAACAGUUUUGACAACUGUUCAAGCCUAUUUCAUAUACCAUUUUCAAAAAUGUUUUCAAAGUGUUAUAUCCUGCUAGGUGCAGAUCUGGCCUGGGUGUCAUUUCUCCUGUUGUUUUCUUUUUUUCUCUUCUCUAAAUGAAACGGUGCUUAACGAAUUUGAAGUUUGAAAGGAUUUCUCCUGGCAGCUAAUCCUCUUUUUUUAAAGCUAAGCAUGGCAUUGUUUUGCAGGUUUAAUCUCAAUAGAGGUUCUUAUUGAAUUUAAAGCCAAAGCUCUUCAUAAGCAGAGGUGUCAUUUCGGGUUUUAUUGUAAGCGCGUGUGUAACUUCUACUCAUGUGAGUUCUAUGGGGCUUAAUUAGAAUAAACUUGCAAAAGAUAUAUAACUUGAACAAAAUAUGUCUUUAGUAAACAUCAU